UCCCCUUGUCUCGCUAACUUGUCAGAGAGAGAGAGAGAGAUCAGAGAAGGGAGGAACUAGGAACAGUAGUAGCAGCAUCCGGCGAGAGGAAGAGAAGAGGGCGAGAAGGAGAUCAUGUCGUGGCAAACGUACGUCGACGAUCAUCUUCUUUGCGAUAUCGAUGGCCAGCAGCUCAAGGCCGCGGCAAUCCUCGGCCACGACGGGAGCAUCUGGGCCGUGAGCCCUUCCUUCCCUCAGUUCAAACCUGAAGAGAUUUCUGCAAUCAUAGCUGACUUUAAUGAACCUGGAACUCUUGCGCCAACUGGAUUAUUUCUUGGUGGAUCAAAGUACAUGGUUAUCCAAGGCGAGACAGGUGUUGUCAUUCGAGGGAAGAAGGGCACUGGUGGCAUCACUAUUAAGAAAACCAACCUUGCUUUGAUAAUUGGUAUAUACGACGAGCCAAUGACCGGUGGUCAGUGCAACAUGGUUGUUGAGAGGCUUGGUGAUUAUCUUUAUGAUCUUGGUUUUUGAAUCAGGUGUUUGAUGAUGCAUCAGGACAACUUAUCUUGGUAUUUGCCAUAAUUUUCCUUGCAUGGGCUUGCAAUCAAUCUACUUGUAUGGAGUCAUGUUGCACAAGAGUCUGCUUUGUUCAUGGGCACGAUCUCAUUACUUGAUUUUCCCUACUGCUUCAAUUUCCAUUUAGGACUUAGCGAUUGUUUCUUUCUGUGUGGUCAUCUGUAUCUUUGACAAGGUUGGCAAAUGGUUAUGGUGGUUAUGCAUA